AUGACGGAUAUUUUAGAUCUAAAUCAACAACGUGAGGCAAUUACCAAGGCUGCCACAUAUCUUUCUGGUAUUUUAGAACCAAAUUUUAAGAACACUGCAAAUUUUAAGCCCCCAAGAACUUUAAUCAUAUGUGGUUCAGGGCUGGGUGGGAUAUCCAGCAAAUUAUCCGUAGAUAAUCCUCCCCCAGUGACAAUUCCGUACCAAGAUAUACCAGGAUUUAAGAAAAGUACCGUUCCGGGCCAUUCUGGUACGCUGAUGUUCGGAUCUAUGAAUGGCUCGCCAGUAGUAUUAAUGAAUGGACGUCUCCAUGGAUAUGAAGGGAAUACAUUGUUUGAGACUACAUUCCCGAUUAGAGUGCUUAAUCACAUGGGCCACGUUCAUAAUAUAAUUGUCACUAAUGCUGCCGGUGGUUUAAAUGCGAAAUAUCAAGCUUGUGAUUUAAUGUGCAUUUAUGAUCAUUUGAAUAUUCCUGGUCUUGCUGGUCAGCAUCCAUUGAGAGGUCCAAACUUGGAUGAAGUGGGACCUCGUUUCUUGGCCUUGAGUGAUGCAUAUGACCUGGAAUUGAGAAAGCUUUUGUUUAAGAAGUGGAAAGAGUUAAAGAUUCACAGGCCACUGCACGAAGGUACUUAUACUUUUGUAUCGGGUCCCACUUUUGAAACAAGGGCGGAAUCGAAAAUGAUAAGGAUGCUUGGAGGCGAUGCUGUCGGGAUGAGUACUGUUCCCGAGGUCAUCGUGGCAAGACAUUGCGGAUGGAGGGUCCUGGCCUUGAGUUUAAUUACCAAUAAUUGUGUCGUUGAUAACCCUGCCAGUGCACUGGAGGAAUCGCCUGUACCCUUAGAGAAGGGCAAAGCGACUCACGCUGAAGUACUGGAGAAUGGUAAAAUCGCUUCUAAUGACGUGCAAAAUUUGAUUGCAGCCGUAGUCGAGGAAUUAUAA